CCUGUUGAGCGUUCUGGUUCAUUGAAGUAUUUUGAUCCAAAGAAGACGAAUCAAGCUCGAUUUGGUGACUCAUCUGUUUACUAUUUGGACUUCAUCUGCUAUGACGUCCAAAUGCUUGUCAUGUUUUAAAGGAGUUACUUCGCGCUCUAAAGCCUUGCAGUGCACCAUCUGCGAUGGGUGGACACACAUAGCUUGCUGUGGAGUCGGCCAUGAUUUGUACGAAUUUCUCCUGCGAUCCAACGUUCCGGGCUUAGGCUUCUUUUGCGAUCUGUGCCGUGUUACGAUAAGCAACAGACGAUGCCUUGAUGGACUGCCUGCGCUCAGUCCGCUCACCUCUCCUGCUCAAGCCGAGAUGAACAUCGCUGCUGUCCCACUACCAACUCCUUGCCUUAUCACAUGCGAUUCUGGCGCAGCUACCCCAACGAGUAAGCGUAGUCGAGCACCUUCCACCACAUCUACAGAGACGCCGGCGGUU